CACGUUUCUUGCUUCUUGAUCGUUGACCUUAAUUGUCCUCAUCGUCACCUCAUCGCCUCCUCCGUUUAUAUAUAUAACUAGUGCACCUCGGACACCCUGAACGCCGGCUCCCCCACCAAAGCGGAGUACCCAAGGAACAGACAACGGUUUUAACUCCAUACCCGCUGAGAAUCCACGGAUCGCGCCUCGAAGCUACCGCUCGCGUAUACUGUUCUGAAGUAUAGUCCAGGCCGGGGGCUAUAAGGAACUGCCUACAUGUAUCGCUACGGGGACACUGCGUCCUCCACCACCGGGAGCUCUAUCAGUGGCGGUGGUGGUCGGUGGGACGCAGAACGCUUCAUGCGGGAGCGCAGCGAGCGACACGAGCCCACACGCCGCGAACGCCACACCGCUGUAGAAGUCAUUGAACGCGACCGCGUAGAAAAAAGGGUCCCGUCUUUUGUCGAGGAUUAUCUUAAUGCACAAGAGAAAUAUGGCCCUCCAGCCCGGCGACCAGACCGCGAGUAUGCAGAUGACCAUCUGCUCUCCAGCGCCGACGCCCUCAUCCCCUACAAAGAACGUCGCCGUGCAUCUCCCUCUCCACCGCGGAAACCUAGAUUGCUACGACGCCAGUCAUCUCUCGAUACCUUCGAUCGCGCCGCAACCCGCUUUGCGAACGACUAUUAUCAGUAUGACCGCGAUGACUACGGCCCGCCAGUCGUCCCCAGAGCUGCUUCCCGAAGACACUCCCCUCCAUCAGAGCCGGACUUCGAAGCGAUCCGGGUUUCCGAACCCGACUAUUAUGGGGACGAAGAGUUCCACAGGAUGCGAGAUAGGGUUCGAAGCGUUACUCCCCGUGGACGAUACUCGGUGCGCGAAGAGAUACGAAAGGAAAAGGUUGACCGUCCCUAUCCCCGUCGUGGAAAGACCAGGGUCCCCAAGCACUUGGUGCAUCCUGGCGUUCUUCUCGACCUGGGCUACAAGUUCGAAGAAGAGGGUGACAACAUCAUAAUUCUGCAGGCGCUUGGAAAAGAGAAUAUUGACGAGCUGGUCAGCUUCAGCAGGGAGGUUCGUCGAAAGACUCGUGUCGAAGAGGUAAAAGGACAACAAAGGCUCGUAUCUCGAAGUCGCCGUGAGACGGUCUCUGUCGAGAGAACGCGGUCCAAAUCCCGCCGAAGAAGUUCGAGUGUUAUUCGUCCCAAAGCCGAGUUUCUCGAGGUUCGUGAGACUCGACAAACACGGCGAGUUUCACCGUCCCCGGCUCCGGCGCCGACGCUCCAGCCUCGUCGCCGGCGUCUGUCGUCUCCAAUCCGAGUUAUUCAGCCCCGUGAGAGAUUCGUCGAGGAAAUCAUCCAGCCAAAUACUGACGUUGCACUCAUCGUACCGGAGCGUCACCGACGAAGUGAUCGCGAGCUACGAGCCGAGAUCCACUCUUUGGAGGGAAGAAGACUCCUCACUGAGCAUGAAUCCAUCGCACCGGGUGAUGUUAUCGAGGUUCGGCGUGACCAUAAAGGCCCGAGCCAACGCCUGAUCCGUGCUAUGAUGGCAACCCUUACUUGAACGACGAAAGAAGCCACGGUUUGGUAUCUUCUAUUAUACAUACGCUGUACCUUAUACUGCAGAUAGCACUCUUGUUGGUCAAUCCGUAUCCAUACCCAAGGCCUAACAAAGAAAAGACAUCGUGGAGAAAUAGGAGUCUAUGCUCACGCAAGCUGCCUUGCAAUGUUUUAUCCCAACGUCCAAGUUCUAUGACUUUUUGCAUACUCUUUGCUAUAUUAUGAUCCAUGGUGGAUAAUCGGAUUGUAUUAUCAAAUUGGCAUCUUGUUUUGUUAGUUGUCAUUUCUGUCUCUGCAUUUAUGCCGGUCAUAUUUUGCUCAUACCCCGUCUCCAUAGUUUGUUCGCAGGGGUUUUGUUUUGCUUUUCUUUGGAUUCGAGAGGUUACUUGGGACUUGAAAGACUUAGGAUUAAUAGAUAGGGAUGCUUUAUUUUCCAAGAGAGG